CGCCGGGAGCUGUAGUGCGGUGGCGAUGCUGGGCGGCGGCCGCGCCGGCCUGGGCCGCCUGCGGAGCUGCGCCGGGCGGUUGUGGCGGGGCCGGCGGAGGGCGGCGGCCAUGGCCGGCGGCGACAUGGGGCAGCGCAUGGUCUGGGUGGACCUGGAGAUGACGGGCCUGGACGUGGAGAAGGACCAGAUCCUGGAGAUGGCGUGUCUGAUCACCGACUGCGACCUCAACGUGCUGGCCGAGGGCCCGAACCUGAUUAUCAACCAGCCCGACGAGCUGCUGGAGAGCAUGUCCGAGUGGUGCAAGGAGCACCACGGCAAGUCUGGCCUUACCAAGGCUGUGAAGGAGAGUAAAAUCUCGCUGCAGCAGGCAGAGUACGAGUUCCUGUCCUUCGUGCGGCAGCAGACACCCCCAGGGCUCUGUCCUCUCGCAGGUAACUCUGUUCAUGCAGAUAAGAAAUUCCUUGACAAAUACAUGCCGCAGUUCAUGAGGCACCUUCAUUACAGGAUCAUUGAUGUGAGCACUGUCAAGGAGCUUUGCAGGCGCUGGUAUCCAGAGGAAUACGAGUUUGCACCAAAGAAGGCGGCUUCUCACAGAGCACUUGAUGACAUCAGGGAAAGCAUCAAAGAACUCCAGUUCUACAGAGACCACAUCUUCAAGAGGAAAACGGAUGAGAAGAAAAGGAAACUGAUUGAGAACGGGGAAAGCGAUAAAGCUGCCAGCUGAUCUCCCCUCCCGCCCCACCAGCCCCUAGCACACACUAGAUGCGUCUCCUGGGUUUUUUUUGUUUGCCAGUCUCUUGGGAAGCUGCACCCUGGGUUACCUUGUUUCUUACCAGCUGUUCAAUGCAGACAGAAGCCUGAGUUGCUGCUGCUUUUCAGUUUGAGCAGGGAAUCGGCCUCAGAGCGCCCGGGGUCGGGUGUUCCAGGUACACCACGCUGUUUGAUACUCCUUGCACCUGGUUUUAGGUGCACUCUUUCACGACACAAUAAAACAGGUCAGUUGAAA